AAUUAUAGAAUAUUUAAAUAACGCAUUGUUGCUGUAACUAAAACAUUUAUUUAAAUUUCGCGCUUUCUCAUAUGUGGUACAGUACUUUAACUGAUUAACGUAGUUGAAAUUCGUUUCAAAUUAAAUGUGGUUAGAAUUCUCUGAAUUUGGUACAUUAUAUUCGAGUUGAUGCAGGUAUUGUUGGUGUAUAAUUUUAUCUCAAUAAUUAUAACAAAAUUAUAAAUAUUUUCUGUAUCGUGUAUGUAACAGAGUGUAAGUAUAGUUAAAGCAAUUAUAAUAUACGUAUACAAUCAGUGCGAUUAAAUAGAAAAUGAUGAUUAAAACUGCUUGUGACCCUACAAUAGAGAGACAUUUCAAAGGUCAUGAAAAUGCUAUCACAAGCUUGUGUUUUCACCCUGAAACUACUCAAUUAGUAUCAAGUAGUUCAGACAAAAGUAUAAUAUUAUGGAAUCUGAAAGAAUCUGUGAGAGCUUGUAGAUUUCUUGGACAUAAAGAUGCAGUUUCUGAUGUCACAUAUGCACCAUCGGGGGAAGUCAUAGCUAGUGCUUCCAACGAUAGAUCUGUUAGAAUUUGGGUUCCUAAAAUAACAGGACAAUGUUUAGAUUUUAAAGCACAUUCAGGAGCUGUUAGAUCAGUACAAUUUAGUCCAGAUGGAGAAAAGUUAAUUACUGCAUCAGAUGAUAAAAGUAUUAAAUUAUGGAUGGUACAACAAAGAAGAUUUCUUAUGUCAUUUACAUGUCACACAAAUUGGGUCAGGUGUGCUAAAUUUUCUUCAGAUGGUAGACUUAUAGUUUCUUGUAGUGAUGAUAAAACAAUAAAAUUAUGGGAUAUCGCUAGUGGUAAAUGCAUCAAAACCUUCAAUGAUGUAAAAGCGUAUUCCACAUAUGUGGAAUUUCAUCCAAGUGGCUGUGUUAUUGGAUCAGCAAAUGUAACUGGUUCUGUUAAAUUGUAUGAUAUACGCACUGCUUCUUUAUAUCAACAUUAUGCGACUCAUAAAGAUUCAGUAAAUAUGAUAAAAUUUCAUCCAAAAGGAAACUUUAUAUUGACUGCAUCUGAUGAUUCAACGAUGAAGGUUUUAGAUUUAUUAGAAGGUCGUCCAAUUUAUACACUCAAAGGACAUGCAAAUGGUACCAGUGUGACAUCAGUAACAUUCUCUUCCAAUGGAGAAUUUUUUGCUUCUGGCGGUACAGAUCAACAAUUAUUAAUGUGGAAAACAAAUUUUGAUAAAGAUGAUAUUUCUCGAAAAAUUCCACGACGUUUAUUCUCACCCAUUGAAGAAUUGGAAUCUAACACGAAAGAGGAAAAAUCACAUAAAGAUGAUGAUACACCUGAAGGAGAAGAUAUAGAAUCAUUACAUGAGAAAUCUGAUAUUACGAAUUUAAAAAAUGAUAAAAGUUCUUAUUGUAAAAUAUCAGAUGCUGGGGCAUUAACUAAAGAUAUAGAAUAUAAAGUCAUAAAUAUGAGAAAUCAGAGACCUUUUGAAAAAGGCCGUAUUGUGAAUAUAUCACAUUUACCUGGUACAUAUUCCAAUGAAAUAGUAGAUGCACUUAAUGAACAAGUGCAAUCAUUAAGUGAUGCUGUUACUCUUUUAGAACAACGUUUGUCUGUGUUAGAAGAAGAAUUAAAAAAUAACUUUUUAUAAUUUAUUUAAGAAGUUAUUCAAUUAUGAUGCAAAUAACCCAAAUACUUGUAAAAUAUAUAUUUAAAUUGUAUUUAAUAGUUAAA